AUACGCGAAGAGAAACAUGGUGUCCAGGCGCCAUGUUGUCCAAAAACCCGCUAGCAUCGGCAGCAGAAGUUGCCCARUCWGUCUUUUCUAUGGAUGACAUCUCAAUGAGGACUAUUAGCGAAGAUUGYGAAGACACUGCGGACACUAUGAAGUCUCCUGACGUCGAGUUUAAAGCUAUGUUGGAAAAGGUCCAAAAAGAAAACGAAAUUUUAAAGAAACAAUUGAUUGUUGCCAAUACGGAGAAAGAACAUUUACAAAUAGACCUUGAAGAAGCCAUCAAUGAUUCAAUCGCUAUCCAAAAACAAGCAUUUACGGAAAGUCAGGAAAGGAUUUCAAGAUUUCAAGAUCAGUUUGAACAAAGACAGCAAGAACUUACCGAGAAGCUCAAAGACGCAGAGAGCAAAAACGCCGAAUUGACAACCGAACGAGACGAACUAAAAGCUCAACUCAUUCAAUCAAAUGACAGCACCGAAGAAUUCAACCUCAAAAUUGAAGCUUUAAACCAACAAAUUAACGAGCUUAAAACUUACAUCGAUGAAAUCACCGAGGAAAAUAUACAACAGAGAGAUGCUCUCAACAAGAAAGGCGCCAAAAUAUCAGACCUAGAGGCCCGCCUGGACGAGAGAGAGARGGCCAUCAUUAGUGGAAGCGAAGAUAUCGUGAUGGGCUUAAAACAAGACAUCCAAGAGCUUCAAGGACGUUUGAAGAAGAAGACAACAAUUUAUGAUGAUCUGGUUUUAGAGAACCAGAAAAGCGCAGAACARGCRGCAACGGAAAUCCAGUAUUUACARCAACAGAUUUUAUCAGAAGCRCAAAAACUCGAAAAAACCAAAGAAGAAUUAAGCACCGUUAAAGUCCAAUUUGAAGACCUGUCUUAUAAGUACGAUGAGCUUCGAAUGUCKUCGAAUAUUCAGGAGACRGAAAUGGAAAAAAUGGAUGAAUUGAAAAAUGAGAAUAAAAGGCUAAAGUCACGCCUGUCGAUGGGACCGAAUCUCAGUAUAAAAGAGGAUGUAUCUUUCAAGUCAAACGAUUUGAAUCUUUCUAGUGAUAGCGACGGAGCCUUAGAGAACAACGAAAUUGCAUCCCUUAACAGAACGCUGCAAACGAAGUGUCAAGAACUUGAACACAUAACCUUCCUAUACGACGAGAGAGAACUGGAGAUAAGAGAAGCACGAGAAAGCCUCGAAGAGCACCAAAACACGAGAAAAAAUUGGGAAGAAAUUGUGGGAAAGAAAGAAGAAGAAAUCGUSGARCUACAGAGUGAAAUUGAAUUCAUGAAACUUGAAAUUUCUGAAGUUAAGAAUAGCAAUAAAGAAAAAGAGAAUCAAGUAGAGGAGCUUAAACGGUUUUUAAAAGAGCAAGAAGAUACAAUAAUUAAGUUAGAAGAAGUAAGAACGAUUACAGGCGCACCUCAARGUGAAGAUAAUWGCCACGAUGUGAAUACACUGGAAAACCUGAAGCUAGAGCUUGAUGAAGUUAAARCCUUGAACAACGAUCUCGUCAAACAGAAAACCGAAUUGGAAACUACAAUCCUUUUCAAAGAGGAGGGAUUCAAGGAGGAAAAAAAUGCUUUUCUGACUUCUUUGGAGGAGACGAAGAAAGAAGUAAAUGAGGCAAAAGAGUCAAAUAUUGAGUUGAUACAACUAAAAUCUGAACUCGAGAAUAUAUGUAAAGUAAAAGAGGACGAAUUCAAGAAAGAGAAAGACGUUUUWAUCGCGUCGUUGGAUCAGCUAAAGAYYGAGUUGGAUGAUGUAAAGGCGACGAAUGAUGAGUUAAMGAGUUUUAAAGCUGAGUUAGAAAAUGUUAUCUGUACAAAAGAAGAAGAACACAGAAAGGAGAAAGAUGCCUUCCUCGACGAGAAAGAAGAUUACGAAACGAAAUUAGAAUCUCUCAACGAUGAAAUCUUGAAUCUGAUCAAAGAAAAGGAAACCAAAAACAUCAAGGACUCYGAAAACGAUCUGGAAGACGCUUCCARGAAAGGCGAUGRGUACAUUGARGAGUUACAAUGGGAAAUAGAGAGUUUACAGAAAGAAUUAUCAGAGUCGAAAAGCGGGGCAACUGAAUCUGAACAGCAAGUUUUCAUGCUUAAAGAAAUCAUCAAACAACAAGAAGAGGAGAUUAUCAAGACUGGAGAAAGACUAAAAGCUUUACAGCAGCCGAAGAACGAAGGCCCAGACAAUGAAUCAAAAUUGAAAGAAAUGGCCAGUUCUCUUCAACUCUUGGAGAGCAAGGUUUUGGAAGCAGAAAGCACAAAAGAGGAGAUCCUGAAACAGAAUGUCGAGCUGCAGACCAUCAUUGUCGAGAAAGAAGAUGAAUUUAGAAAAGAAAAGGAGAGUUUCCUAAGCGAAAAAGAACAAUACGARACYAUGCUGGAAUCUUUGAAUGAUGAGGUUGUAAAACUAUACAMAGAACGGMAGCAUGAAGAMGACGAGGCAACCAUCAAGCGUUCUAAUGACUUGGGAUUUGAAAUAGAAAGUCUACAAAAGGAGMUACUUCAAGCUAAGGAAAGCCAGGAGCACAAGGAGGSYGAAGUUAUUGAACUCAGAGCAAUAAUAAAGCAACAAGAAGCACAGAUCAYCAASCUCAGUGAAAAAGUUGAAACUACAGCACAKCAAAGUGGUUCACAAAAUGAAGAAAAAGUUACAGAAUUGGAAUCCUCACUGCAAGAAUUGCAAGACUUGCUGCGAAAUGAACGACGUACUGCUGAAGAAUAUUUGUGUCAAAAUAGAGAAUUACAGAACUUAAUAGAGUCUAAAGGAGAAGAGUUCAAAAAGCUACAAGAAAUGCCUCCUUUACUUCAGCAGCUGGAAAACGAACUGGUAGAAGUUAAAAGGUCAAAUGAAAAUCUCGCUGGCCACAAUUCCAAACUACAAGACCUURUCACARCAAACGAAGAAGCACUUUCCGAGGAAAAAAAGCAACAUGAGCUAAAGUCUGRAUUGCUGAAGGAGGAAGAGUUCAAAAUUGGUGAACUGAGAAACAUAAUCAAAGAACAAGAAGCUGAAAUYAUUAGACUGGGAGAGAAACUGGAUGAAAAGARYAAAGUUGAUGCCGCAGAUACCGAGGAACUAGCGRCUGCUUAUGAGCAACUGAGAAAUCAGCUCAACGACGUCGCAGCGGCGAGGGAUCAAAUUACCCAAGAGAAWGCUGAACUAGAAAAUCGUAUCAACACGAAGGAGGACGAAUACAGGCAAGAGAAAAACACAUUUUUGGAUGAAAAAGAAGAGUAUGAAAGCAAGGUUGAGUCUUUGAACGACGAGAUAUUAAAACUUCACGAAGAAAUGCAAAAUCUCGUCACRGAGAAAGAGGAMAUGGCUAAGAAAAACGAAGAGGAUGCUUCCAAGAAUAAUACAGAAGAAAUUGAAGAUCUACAGUGUGAGAUCGAGUGCCUACAAAAGGAGCUUACCGAGUCAAAGAAUGCAGAGAGUACACUAGAAUGCCAAGUAGUUGAACUUACCAAAAUUAUCAAAGAACAAGAAAAGGAAAUUAUAAGGCUAUCGGAAAAACUUCAAAACUCUGAAAGCAUUGGUAUUAAGGACGACGGCGAUGAAAAGUUAGAAGAACUGAGAAYGUCUUUAGAAAAGCUUACUAGUGAACUCAAAAUCGCGGAAAACGACAAGGAACAGCUUCUGGAAAAAYAUAAUAAAUUGGAAACUGCAAUGCUGGAAAAAGAUGAAGAAAUAAAGAGUAUUAAGGAKAAUCUUGAAGGCGAAAACAUGACUCAAACUGAACUUGAAUCAGUCCGACAACUSAAUGAAGAGUUGAGUACUAAGCUGAAAAAUUCUGACGUUUUGAUAGGAAACUUGCGUCGUGUUAUCAACGACCAGGAAGAGGAGAUAAAUACUUCGGAUGAAGAUAGAGACAACCUGAAAGAACAGCUAGAAAAGGGAAAAUCUAUGUACGAGAAGUUGUUAAAAGCUCUUGAUGAUGAAAGGCUUGUCARUGCUGAGCUACAAGAAGCGAUGAAAGAGUCCGAAGAGAAAGUACAAUCCCUGCGCGACAGGAUCGAAAACGAGGAGUCACAGSAAGAAACACAAUCGUCCGAGGACAAGGAGCAAAAGGCGCAGAUCGAGUGCCUUAGCAAAGAGUUGGAGUCACUAAAAGAGUCACUGGAACUACACGARAAGCAAUCUGAAGAACACAUCAUGGCGAAGCAAGCAGAGCUCGAAGAUAUCCAAGAUCAAGUUGUGAGGCUKGAAGGUGUUAAUGAAGGUCAGAAAGAAUUGCUUCAAAAACAGCGAAAACAAAUGAAAGAAUGGCAUGAUGCGCUCACGUCGAAGCAAGAASAAAUUUCYUGUUUGCAGGAGAGAUUGGCUUCUGUUGAGAGUCCGAAUCAGCAAGAAGCUGACUCACUUCAAGAUAAAAUCAACGAGCURAAUAAAAACWUAGUUGAACGAAAUAAUCUCAAUUCUGAACUUCAGCAACGCGUCCAAUCSCAAGAAGCAYGUCAURGUGAACUGAAGAAAACUCUAAUAGAAUCUCAAGACGAAAAUAGCCACCUUAAAAGCACUUUAGCAAAUCUUCAAGAGCAACUCGCCCAGACUCAAGCUAAUCUAGAUGAACACAAAACCAAAUUAGAAACAGCUCAGSAACAAGCAUACGAGAAGAGACUCAUAGAGGAGAAGGAGCAACAUCAGCAAGUUUUAGUCGAUGAGAUAGUAAGAUUACAGAGGAUUAUCGAUGAACAACAAGGAAAACUAAAUAAAGGACUGCAAAGAGCCGACGAGAGUUCAACCGUAAAGAUUAAAGACCUCGAAAAUACGGUCGAAGAAUCCCAGAAUACUAUCAAGAGCCUCAAAGAUUCCUUGCAGGCCAAGUCCAGCCAGCUUGARGAGCAGAGCAAGAAAGUUGAAGAAGCCGAGAAGAAGCAAAAACGAGUUGAGGAAAACAUGUGCAAACAAGUCAACAGACUCAGAAAGAUUAUCGAUGAACAGCAAGAUGAAAUAGACGAAGCUUUGAAAAAGAAUGAACAACUGCAGAAUCCGGACAAGYUAACUGAGGAUGUACAGGGYUYAGUAGUCAAGAUCAAAGAGCUGGAAGCAGUUGUCCAAAAAUCACAAACGACCAUCAGUGACCUCCAAGAAUCUCUCCAGGCCAAGACUARAAUCAUGGAGGAACAGAGCAAGAAAGUUGAAGAGGCCGAAAAGAAGCAAAAGCGAGUAGAAGAAAACAUGUGCAAGCAAGUCAAUAGAUUGAGAAAGAUCAUCGAUGARCAACAAGAUGAAAUAGACGAAGCUGUCCGUAAAAAUGAGMAAUUAAAGAAUGAUUCAGGGAUAAACAAGAAUCUCAAUGGAUCUGUGAWUCAAAACAGCACCAUUAACGAAGCUGAAAAGAAAUAUCUAGCGAAGGAAGAAAACAUGGUUAAACAGGUCAACAGAYUACGAAAAAUYAUUGAUGACCAGCAAGAUGAAAUUGAUGAAGCAGUAAAAAAGAACGCAGAGUUAGAAAAACAGGCGGUAGAUAACGAGAAUAAACUGAAGGAAGCRACAACUGAGGUGGAUCGACUGAAAGCCAUGGAGCAUAUGGAACACAUUGAAACGCUACGUAUCGAGCUGGCUGGAAAGAACAUGAAGAUCCAAGAGCUCGAAUACAAAGCMUUCAAAUCUGGAGAGGAAAUGGACAGACUGAGGAGAGAGGUCCAGUUUGGUUAUUCCAAGAUGUCGAAGUUGAAACAAGACUUAAGGAAAGUACAGGAU